AUGUUAUUAACAACAACAACAACAAAUAUAGUUGACAACAACAAUAAUAAACUUAUUGAAGAGCCCUUUCAAACUUUAAUAGGACAAAAAUUAAAUAAUUCGUCAAUUGUACAUAUUUUACCAAUUUUAACUAAAUCUACAAGGGAAGAAGCAACUGUUGAAGAUUUAAAAGAGGAAAAAUCAGAAGAAGAUUUAAUAACUAAUAAAAAUAAGGAGAAGAAGCGUUUGUCGAGUUGUUCUGAUUUUUUAUUAAAUCAAUUGGAUGAUUCGUUAAAUGCUUUAGAAAUGGUUAAGGUAAAAAUUUAG